AUGGGCACAGCGUGCUCGUGCUGCCGCAGCAGGCGACGGGAGCUGCAGCUGAAGUUUGGGGCGAUGACGCAGACCGGGGCCCGGGCGGUGAAUGAGGACGUGUUCUCGGUGGUAGCGGCUCUGCCACUGCCCGGGAGGUGGCGAGCGGCGAACGGUGCGGGUGGCCUCCGGGUCCGCCCAAGCCUCUUUGCGGUUUACGACGGUCAUCGCGGGCCGAGCGCCGCUCGCUUUGCCCGCGGGUACAUGCCAUCGGUGGUGGCGCGUGCGCUGGCGGCGAUGCCGUCGCGGGUCCGCCAAGCGCUGGCUGGCGCCCGCCCGGUCGACGACGACGACGCGGUGGUGCUCGGGGAGGCCAUGCGGGACGCGUUUGUCGCUACUGAUGGAGCGUGGCUUGCCCACGCCCGUCGGCAGUCACCGCCGCUCUCAGACGGAUGUACCGCGUCGGUGGCGCUGGUAGCUCCCGGUGCCAUCGUCGCUGCCGCUGUCGGCGACUCGCAGAUCCUGCUUGUGACGGUCGAUGAAGCCGAGGCUGGAGCCUCGGGCUCGAGCUCCGACUGGGGCUCCUACGAUGACGACGUACUGAGCGUCUCGUCGUGGAUCUCGAUGAGCUCGGGCAAUAGACCAAUGCAGCCACUACCAGGCUACGGGACUCGAAGCUGGCGAGCGGAGCUGGUUACGCCACAGCACAAGGCACGCGAUGUUGGCGAGCGCAAGCGGGUCCUCGCCGCUGGCGCCACAAUCAACGGCCCAUACAUCGGCGCCGAAAGCACCUCGCGGGCCAUUGCGGUAUCGCGGGCGUUUGGUGACAUCGAGCUGAAAAUCCCACGCGGUGCGCCGCCGGAGGAGCUCAUCAUUUCGCCGAUUCCGGCAGUGUACACCCGCCCGCUGGACGGGACCGAGGCCAUGCUGAUUGUCGCGUCCGACGGGGUGUGGGACAAACUUUCGCCGGCCAAGGCGGCGUACCUGGCGGCGGCGUCGCUGUUGCGGGAUCCGUCGCUCUCCCAAGCCGCGGCGGAGGUGACCAGCGCAGCGAUUGCCGCCGGCUCGUCGGAUAAUGUGACGGCGGUCGUCGUCGUCUUUGGCAAGCAGAACCACGAGUAGAGGACGUGUGUUAUUCGAGAGAAAGAGCGAUGCUCCCCUGGCCUACGACUCGAGAAGGAGCGUGACGACGUCAUUGAUGUCGAUAAAGCCGGCCGAGUCGACGGAGAUCGACGAGAAGAACUCGUCAACCUCGGACGACGAGAGCUUGAGUCCGGCCUUGAGCAGAAGCAUCUCGAGCGCGUCGGCAUCGAGCUUGCCGGUCUCCGGCCGAGGGCCAGGUCCGCCACCCACAAGCUCCUCCCGGCCCUGGUUGCGGUCGAGCGUGGCGAGCGCCGCAAAGAGCGAGUCCUUGUUGACAAAGCCCGCCAUCCGCGAGUCGAUCAUCGUCACAAACUUGUUAAAGUCGAUCUUGGACGCGCCGUUCGAUGCCUCGUCCCACAUCUCGGCCAGCUCCGACGAGCCCUUGCGGCA